UGGCUUAUUAAACUCGGAUACCAGAUAUCUUUGCUGAAGAAGGGGGUUUAUAUGGAUGGGCAUGAGCAGGACGAUGUGGUCAAAUACCGGAACGAGGUAUUUUUGCCAGGGAUGAAAGAACUCGAACCAUGCAUGACUUACAAUGGAAGUUCCUUGGAGUGCAAGGAGCCAGUGCUGAAGGAGGGAGAGAGAUGCAUCAUUCCCAUCUGGCAUGAUGAGAGCUGUUUUCACACGAACAAGUUCAGGAGGAAACUGAAGAGGCACCAAGGUCGGCACCUACACCGGCCUUACAGCCAUGGAUGCUUGAUUCAUGUGUUGGAUUUCAUUAAUGAGGAGACUGGUUGGCUUGUUAUUCACAAUGAGGAUGGAAGCAUCUCCGAAGGGAAUGAUGCCUGGAAGAUAAUUUAUCCAGGGACUAACGGUGACCCAUGGUGGGACACUAAGCAACUUCUGGAGCAAAUUUGCACACAAGCCAUCCCAGUCUUUGAACGUGCCCACCCAAAUUGUCAAGCACUAUUCAUUUUCAAUCAGUCUUCUGCCCAUGCAUCCCUUGGCCCCAAAGCU